AUGUCGUACAACCCAGACAAUCUGCAGCCAUGGGUGUCGGCAGUCACGGGGUCGGUGACAGGGCUGGCCCUCGUCGCCGUCUGCCUUCGUAUGCUUGCUCGCUACGAACGGAAGCAGAAGUUGUGGUGGGAUGACUAUAUGAUCAUGUUCUCAAUGGGCUGGAACCUUCUCGUCAUCGCGUUCAUCUAUGCAAUGGUUGGGGAAGGCAUGGGCUUGCAUGCAAAUACGAUACCACUAGAAAACGUCGUCAUGAUCGCAAAGCUCCUCGUCGCCGCCGAGAUCCUCUAUGUCUUCAACCUGGUCUGGACCAAGCUCAGCUUCCUGCUGAUGUACUACCGCAUCUUCCGGGUCCCCUAUUUCAAGCGAUGGGCGUACAUCAUCGGCGCCUUCGUCAUCAUCUGGGUGAUCACCAUCACGUUUGUUUUCAUCUUCAUCUGCGUUCCCGUCCAGAAACUAUGGUAUCCCCAGCUGCCCGGUCGCUGUGUCAACCAGGUGGGCACGUGGAUUGCCAAUGCCGCCUCGACCAUUCUCACCGACCUGGCCAUCUUGAUCCUCCCUAUUCCCCAGGUGUGGAAACUGCAGUUACAAAAGUCGCAGAAGAUUGCUCUUACGUUUGCAUUUGGUCUUGGUUUCUUCGUUGUCUUCGCAUCGGUCUACCGCUUUACCGUUCUCUUCUCUUACACCUCGCUGGACUCUUCCUACACCUUGGCCCCAACGGUCGGCUGGACCGCCAUUGAAAUUUCCGCCGGCAUUACGUCGGCGUGCCUGCCCACGCUCCGUCCGGCCCUGCAAUUUAUCGCGCGCCAUCUGGGCAUCCAGGGCGUGAUGCCGAGCCUGCUCCGCAGCGGCACGUCGACGGGCUUUUCGAAAGGGCGGUCGAAUCUCAGCACGGGGCCCACAAUGGAUGACAACAACGCGGGCCACAACCGAUCGGACAGUCAACGGCGCUUCUACCGGCUGCCGGAUGAGACUGGGCAUAGCGAUCCGCCCGCGGAUGCCACGCUGAGACCGGACCACGGCUACGUCUACACGACCAGCGUGCUGGGCACGAAGGGCGAGGGCGACAGCCUGAGCGGAGAUGAGGUUCCGCUGCACAGCAUCCGCGUGCAGAAAGACUUCAAGCAAGUCGAGGGUUGA